AGAAAAGUACAAUGAUUCUUUAUACCAAAUUAUACACUCCCAAUUAAUCGCGAUCUGUUUGGUGGCCUUGGCGUGUCACGUCGAGUUCAGUUGUAUUUGGAUUCUAUUUUAUUUGGACAUAUCAUUCAAUUUACUGGAUGAAAACGGAAUAAUUUCCAAAGAUAGCUAAGCAUGAGUACAUUGCAACCGGUUUUGCUCUUCCUGUUUCUACACGUGCUUGUAGCAGACGACAUCUCCCACCUCCACAAUGAAGGAUCAAUUGAAUAUGAUAAAUAUUCACGUGCAGUAAACAAACUUGGACCUAGAAACAGAUAUAGGAAUAAUCGAAAGAAGCAGACGACAAGCUCCACCGCAGCUGAUGAGGAAUAUUAUGUUACGCAAUGUGGCUAUGACAACGUACAGCAACCAGACGGUCCAAGCGUCCAGGUUCUUGGAGUUUCUCUGCAAUUCCCCGGAGCGACACUGGUGGCUGCAAAACUUCUACAUCUCCUGGUUAGAUUUAUGCCACGUACGCUCUAUCUGAAGAUUGUCGAGAAAAACACGGUGGGCAUAUUUCCUACAAUUCAACUACCAGCAAAUCUAUUUACAGACUUCACAGACAACAUGCCGUCAAUUUGUGGAGGAAGGUGUGGAAUUCAGCGACAAGGGGGUGAAGAAGUUGACUGUGAUCAAUGGUGUACCACACCAGACUAUCCUUACCAAUCUUUAAAAUACUCUAUUAACUAUCUUUGGGCUUACGGGAAUUUUUCUAGAUUGUUUGUCGUAGAGACCAACGUCAUUUGCCUAGGGUUCAAUCCUUCAGGGUCUGAAAAUUUACUAAUAAGAGAGUUUGGGUUUAUGAUGAUGGCGAGAAUUUUAGACAAUCAGACAGUGACAGACAUCCGGGAUGCUUAUACAUCUGCUGUAGGGAAUGCCACGUGGGAGACAAUGAAGAACGAAUACGAAUAUUUCAUUGUUGGAACAUUGGCAUGGUUCAAUGGCGUUGGAAGCACCAAUACGUUAAAGGGUAUGGCGUGUUUGAACAUAUUUGGAAACAACGGUAUCAGGCUGUGUUCGGAUGAAUUUGGACAAAGGCAAUUCAUAAAACAGAAAGACCUGAAAUUGUACAACAUACUGAAUUAUGUAUAUAACAAUAAAAGAGAGUAUGUAAACGCUGACACCUCCAUCUGUGAGUGGUAACAAAAGUCAGAGUUGCGCCAACGCUAUGAACAAUGAGUAUGGUUAUUUACAUUUCUAAAAUAUUUUGGAUCUAUUAAUUCCUAAGGGAUGAAAGCCUUGUUUGUCUGUUUUUGUUUAUCGGCAUUAUCCGGCGAUCUCAUUCAUCAGAGGUUCGUCAAAAUCGCGUUACGAACAACUAGGAGACCAUGGUGGACCUCUUGUUUGCGAGAAUGGCGGUCUUGGACUUGCAAGAGAAGUAAUGAUUUACGCAAAUUUUCAUCUGAAAAAAGAACACAAUAACCACAAAACUUUUAACUACCAACGAAAAACGUCUGUGACUGUAAAAAUACAGUAAUACAUCAACGAUGUGACCAGAAACUAAAUGUCUUACAUGUUAGACUCUGGUUGUAGGUCCCCUAUAUGCAGAUGGAAAUCUCAGGUUAAGGUUAAACGUUUUGGUGGUAACGAGGUUCUGCUGGAAUAAGUAUAUUCUUGAUGAACGUCGGUGUAUGAAAACAGAUGAACGUCGGUGUAUGAAAACAGAUGAACGUCGGUGUAUGAAAACAGAUGAACGUCGGUGUAUAAAAACAUAAGGACAUAUCAGUUAGAUUGUGUUCAUCAUACAGGUAGUUAAAAAAGGGACUUUGACAUAACAAACAUUUGAGAAUGUUGUUAAUACAUAUAUCCCUAACAAGAUUUCUAGAAAUACGACUUUUAGGUAGUGAACUAGUGAUAGAUAUGUGAUGGAUUAAGUAAAUUGAUGUCAGUUUAUACCUAAUGUCUAAAUAGCAGUUCUUGCAAAAUAUUUGAUGGUUCAUUGUAGAAUUUAUUAUAUAAUUAUCAUAAUUUUUUGAAACGUGUCUUUGUUGUUGUCUUUUGAAGUGUCUUACCAAAUUAAACUUGUAUUGUA